CAUUACAUUAUGCAUUGCUCUGAAUGCCAUCCCCCCUCCCUGUCCGAAUCAGAUUGGCCUUUGUAUGCCUGAUCCCUAGAGUUGGAACGGAGGCGGAAUCCGUUGACUGACCUUGACUCGUUCGCGGCCAUCGCUCCGUGUUAUUCGACCCAUCCGCCUACUGCCGCUAAGGUAACUAAACACCAAAAGUAGCAUGCAUUGCGAGCGACUCCACUGAGUGCGACACGUUAUUUAUCACACAUAAAAUUCUCGCUGUGGGGUGCAACGUGGACUGGUACGUGCAAAUGAGAACCGGCUCUCUUGCGGGCCCGUGGAUCUUCAUCGGUGUUCCUCAACCACGAGUUCACGACCUUCCGCAAAUCCACUGAAUAUCGCCUGGUUCGAGGGCCAUAUAUGGAGGUCCAGAUCUAAGAGCAACACUUGGCAGAGCGGAGUGCUACUCAUAUUGAUCCAAGACCGCUGGAACGUUCGUCAGGCUCCAACGCAAAUAUGGUGCUUCGAGUUGGACAUCGGAAGCACUCCGGCGCAAGCAGCCGCCGAUCCACGUCUUCGCAAGAAGACAUGAGCGACCACGAGGUCGCGCCAGACAAUGAUGAGACUGUCGUCGAUUCGGAGCAGGGGAAUGUCCUCAUGCACAUUAUUUCGCAACUACGACCGGGUGCCGACUUAAGCAGAGUGACGCUUCCGACAUUCAUAUUAGAACCGAGAUCUAUGUUGGAGCGAAUAACGAAUUUCAUGGCACAUCCGGAAACAUUGCUACCGAUGACAACGAUUGAAGACCCUAUAGAGCGGUUCGUGUCAGUGGUGAAGUUCUACUUGAGUGGAUGGCAUAUACGACCACCAGGCGUCAAGAAACCUCUAAAUCCCGUUCUCGGCGAGACCUUUACCGGCUAUUGGGACUAUCCGGACGGGACUCGCGGCUACUACAUCUCCGAACAGACGUCACACCAUCCUCCGAAGUCGAGCUAUUUCUUUAUGGCGCCAGAGCACAACAUCCGGAUCGAUGGAACAUUGAAACCAAGGAGUAAGUUUUUGGGAAAUUCGGCUGCCAGUAUGAUGGAGGGGAUUGGGGUUAUGCGGUUUUUGAAUACUGGCGAGAAAUUUUACAUUACCCAACCGAAUAUGUAUGCCCGAGGCAUUUUGUUCGGUAAAAUGAAGUACGAACUGGGCGACCAUAGCUUCGUUCGAUGUCCGGAAUCCGGCCUCGUGGCAGACCUUGACUUCAAGACCAAGGGGUACUUCAGUGGAACUUACGACGCAAUUGGCGGAACCAUCAAGGAUACGAAGACAGAUCGCAUUCUCUUCGAGCUUAGCGGUCUGUGGAACGGAGAGAUGCACAUCAAAGACGUCACGACCAACAAGAAGACCCUCCUCUUCGACGCCACUAAUGCCAAACAUACUCCCCCGAAGGCCCGACCUCUCACCGAGCAAGAACCGCGGGAGUCACAGAGACUAUGGCAUAAAACAAUCCAAGCACUGAUAAACAGAGAUCAUGAGACCGCUACAGAAGAGAAAACCCACAUCGAAGACGAGCAACGGAGUGAAGCUGCCAAACGUACAGACGACGGCGUCGACUGGCACCCACGCCUGUUCCGGCCGGUUAAAGGAGGAAAGGGCGGGAGCGAAGAGGGAAUGGAGGAUCUGGACUGGAUCAUCAAUGCUCAAAUCGACGGCAAAACUCCCGAAGAACAAACCCACCAGAUCCUGCAGAUCGCCGCCAUCCUCCCUGGCCAAAUCAACCCGUCUCGCUUCCGCAUUCCAUCUCGCAGCUCCUCUAUCGAUGCCACCACGAGUCACCCUUCGCCAAGACAGAGUACUCAUGUGACACCCCGAACAAGCAUCUCUGAGAAACCGGAAGCCGACCUCAUCGACUUCAACCAGCACGAAGACGACGACCGGAAACCCGAGCCGGCCGCUGGCGAAACGCGGAGGGAGACAGCCGGGAUGCCGAUGGGCUUGCAGGAGCCGUUGAUUCCGCAGAGCGCGGCGUCCGGGGAGAAGCAGGGGGAGAAGGUGGAUGAGGGCGACAAGAAACUGGUCUAGAGCUUUCGGGUCGUAUAUGGUCUGCGGUCGACGAUGAUGUGUUGGAUUGCGUUAUGGCGCUUAAUGGGUGAUUCGAAGAAGGGAAGUCUUGACCUGUUAAUAAUAGGCCUUAGAUGUGAUCUGCAAACCCAGGCCAAAUGAGAAGGGGGGAGGUUCCGGUUCACUACUGAGCCAUCGGCUGGGAAAGUCAUGACUUUACUUUGGAAGAAACUGAGUAAACCUUCGGUUAAAUAGCUGAUGCUCCUCGUCUGGAUUUCGUAAUAAUAUGUGACUAUUUACCUCU